UGGCAGCACCUUUUCCGUAGCAAGGAAAAAUGGUAAGAGCUGAAUUCAAAAGUUGACCGCGCAUUCGUUUCAAAAUGGCCAAUCCUGCAAGAAGUGAAGUUAAUGAAUUAACAAAUGAACAAAAUAACUUAAAUGAUGUUGCACUGCCAAACAAUUUUGAGAUAUCAAAUGAAUCGGUGCAUAAAAAUAAUAGUGAUGAUAAAAGUGCCAAUACCACAAAGGCUGAAGAGAACAAAAUUCAAGAUGCAGGUACAAACAAUGGGCCAACUGCUAAAACAACAACAACAACAGCUGUGGCAACUGAACCUGCGACUAAAUAUGAUGAAGCCAGCUGUCCAGAGAACGUUCAGCUGAGUGUGGGCAAGACCAUGCGCGAAUACCCGUUCAAAUACAAGAAAACCAAUAAUGGCAAUAUAUUGACUGUUUAUCAUACGGUGAAAGAAGGAAAUACAUGGAACACCAUACCUAUAACUGCAUGUAGCUUCGGUGAGCAUUGCACACUCAUGGUUGCUAUCGAUGAGCGUGGAAAUAUUUUCGGUUUUGACAUGUUACACAAACGCUACUGGCAGAUAACUGCAGUUAUAGCAAAAGCUUGUGUGAUAACGCCUUGGUUGGAAUUUAAUGCAUAUCUCGUAGGCACAAAAUUGGGCCAAUUGUUCCUCCUUGACUUAGAUAAAUCCGUUGUGAAAAAGGCGCUACCUUUGGCCAAGGUGCCAAUUAAAGCCAUAUCAUUUCUGGGGCACCCUCUACAAAAUCACCGUCUAGUGCUCGUGCAAGCCGGUCACGAAGCAGUACUUGUUAAUUUAAAAAAAUUCACCGUAUUACAUAAAUUAAAAUUCGAUGAUGUGAAAGCUAAAUUGAAAUUUGCCUGUUAUUUGCCACGCACAGAGCAAAUUUUCACUUUGCUAAACAACAACUGCAUUAAUGUGUGGUCAAAAGUCACAUUAAAGUCGUUGCGUAUCUUUAAUCCUAUAAAAAUGCGCGAUCGUAAACUACACAUGAAAGGUGCUGCAGCUUUAACAUCAGAUAUUGCUAUUUGCGAUGAUUACGAAACUAUAGGCAAUGUUUAUCCGGACUCGCAAAAAGUAGAUGAUUCUAAUGGUUUAGUUAUAGGCUUUUGUUACCAUUCCGGAAACGGUUUAAUAUGCCUUUCUACACUAGACAAAUAUUUAUUGAUAAUCAACAUGUACACUUUUGAGUUGCAACACAUUUGCCGCUUGCGCGAUACUGUUAUAGGCGAAUGUGUCUUUCUGCCACAUGCCAAGGACAUACUCAUAUGUGGCGUGACGAACGAUUUUGGGCAGGUGGUGAUUAUAGAUUGUCGCAAAAAGGAUAGUAAAUUAAGAAUACAGACGGGACAGGCAGAGCAUCUCACAGUAUCCAAUGAUGGCAAACUAUUAACGAUAAUUAAUCGCAACGGAGUGGUUAACAUUUGGUCUGUUGCUAAAAUUUACGAAUCGCUUAAAUCGCAAGAAGAAUGCGUGCAGCUGCUACAGGUUGCUUUCAAGCAGAAUUGCCCAAUACCAAUUGGCCCAACGGAAAAUGCGAAAGCCGCACGUGCAGCAGAAAGGAGAUGCAUCGAUAAAGAUGUUAGGAAAUUGCUCUCCCGCGACCGACUGUUGAACAUACUGCACGAAUAUCGUUGGUUCCCGCUGAAAUAUCGCACGCUAAUAUGGUGCGCACUGCUGCAAUUGCCUUAUAAUCGGCGCGCAUUUCACAACCUCUUAAAAUUGGGCAUACCGCCAAUGGUGAAACAGCGUGCGCAACACCUAAAGAUGCGCAAUGAAACACUGAAGCGUGCACUGGUGCGCGUAUGGUCCUGCUUGGCGCGUUGGUGUCCGGUUUUUGCGCAUAGCAAAUUUUUGCCCGAACUAAUAUUUCCAUUCGUUAAGUUACUGCCACGCAACGCGCUUGUCGUUUUCGAGAUUUGUGCCACGCUUAUAAUGAAUCAUUUUCAAUUGUGUUUCGAAUUUCAUCCCUUGGAGCCCAACAAUUAUUUGGGGUUGUGUGAGAAUAUUUUGCAGCACUACGCGCCUGAACUGUGCACAUUUUACGCAAGCAUGCACGUGGGACCGGAACACUACGCAUGGCCGCUACUAUAUACAUGCUUCUCCGAGGUAUUUCUCGAAAAGCAAUGGCUCUAUUUGUGGGACAACAUAUUGGGAGCAGCUUCGUAUUUUCCCAUUUUCAUUGCUGUGUCAUUCAAUAUGCUAAUGUGCGAGGAAACUAUGUACUUGACGGACAAGCCAACGAUCGUAGACUGCUUUCGCGGACCAUGCACAUUGGACGCAUGCAUGGUAGUGAAAAAUGCGUGUGUGUUGAUGGCCAAAUGCCCGCCAACCUUGCAUCCCAAGCGCUACAUGAAAGAGUUUGUGGGCUUGCCAAGGAAUGUGUAUCCGAAAUUCUUGAAUUAUCCGCGUGAAUGGCUGGCCAAACACGAGGAAGAUAUAGAAGCGGUACAAAAGGAGCAACGCACCAUUGAUGCGCGCAUACGACAAUUGGAAUUGGAAGAAAUCAAACUGAUGCAGCGACUAGAGAGUGGCUUGCGCAAUGAGGAGCAUGCGAAUCAAAUGAAAAAAAUGGAAAAGCUGUACCAGGACUCACUCAAACGCGAGGAGGAACGUUUAGCUUGUCAACGCAAAGUGUUGAUGCUCUACCAAAAGGAAGUGCGCAAUCGCAAAGCUGAAGUAGCGGCUCAAAUGCAGGAGUCGGAGCAACGUCAGCAAGCGCUAAAAAUGGAAAAAGAUCUGGAACUGCUAAUGCAGAGUAUAGAAUGUGAACGUACACGCAACGAUGCUGAGUUGCUUAUCGCCGAGGAGGAGAUACGCAAUCAAGAUAUAGAAUUAUAUCUGCAAAAGUGUUUAAAAGCGCCACGGCACUCUUCACUGCGCCUUAAAUAUCACGACGAUAUGCUGAGAUUAUGCGAGGAGCGUCGCUUACUUAAGCAGCAACUGCAUGAGAUAUCAAACUUGGAAAAACCAGCACUGAAUGCGCCCAGCUCAGCCGACAAGUCCAAGCUAGACACUAUAGAGGAGAAAAUCGAAGAAAUACAGCGGGAAUUCAAUGAAAUACUCAAUAGUAAAUGACAGGCAUUAGUGCACGCGCACAAAUUUCGACAUGAUCUCAUCAAGUGGUGUAUAGUAUAGCGUAAAAAAAGAUUCUUUACAUUUAGUUAUAAGCUUUAUGAUGCCAGAUAUUGCUAUACGAGUUAAGUUUGGUAAGCGUUAAUGGAAAUGCUGAGAAUGAAAUGAACUUUUCAACGACGAGCACGUUUUUCUGUACUUGAGUACAGAUCAGACACAUGCGCCUAAUAGAACACGGCAGUCGGUUCUACCGUAACCAAGCACUAUCACUUCAGCAGCAUUCGCCGUAUAUGUAUAGUGAAUGUUUAUGCCGCUACAACAACAACAACACGGCUAAUAAUUACUGCGAGUAUUGAGCCUACAAUACCCAACCAAUAUUGAGCCUACCUGCCUUAUAUUUGAAGAAGAACCUUUGCUUCAGUUCCUGCCGAAAUAGUGUAUUGAUAGAAAAAAUAUUUGUAGCACUAGAGUAUCACCGAUAUGACAAAUAUGAUGCCGAAAAUGCAAAAUGGGCAUUAUUUUACAUUUGUAUACCUGCCAACGUAUACUCUAAUCUGAGCAAAGGCAUUAGCAUAGCAUAGGAAAUUAUACAGGGUUUGAUUGAAAAGUAAUGAGCCUUAUUUUUUUUAUUAAGGGGGGAGCCUGGU